AUGAAAGCGAGUUUUGAAGGAUGGUUGUUGGUUUUACUUGGAGGUGGGCCCACGAGGUGUUUUACUAUACAAGAUUCGAGAGGGAUUGAAGAUGAUUUUAAGGCGAUUAAAGAUUUGUUUUUUGCAAAUGGUGAUGGGUUGUCUAUGGAUGUGACUAACAAGUUUCCGAUUGUUGUGAGAGAUGUGAUUUCUCUUUUUGGGAUGGAAACGGAGACGGUUGUGGAGCGGUUUGGGCGGUUGACUUUGGAGGCGUACGAGUCGUCUGCUAAAUCUAGACUCCCGUUGCUUGCGAGGCUGUGA